AUUUGCAAUCUGUGCAGGCAACAGUGAAGCCCACCUGUAGGUGCUGGCUGCUGGCUGCGUGCUCCUGUGUUCAUGUAGGGUGUUAACAUGGCUGCAUUCCCUGGACUUAUUUUAUGGUUUGGAUGUGCUCCCAAACUGUGCGCCCUGAAGCUUAGUGUCCUGACAUCUGACAGGCCUCCAUUAAAGGGUUUGAUUAGCAGACAGGCUCUUCCAUUGUGAAUCUUCAUCUGAGGUUCUCUGCCCAGUGGGUUUCAGAGCAAUGGCCACGGAGGAGAAGAAGCCUGAGACGGAGGCUGCAAGAGCCCAGCCCACCCCCUCCUCAUCUGCCACACAGAGCAAGCCCACACCUGUUAAACCAAACUAUGCUCUGAAAUUCACUCUGGCUGGCCACACGAAAGCUGUGUCCUCUGUGAAGUUCAGCCCCAAUGGAGAGUGGUUGGCAAGUUCAUCUGCUGAUAAACUCAUUAAAAUUUGGGGAGCAUAUGAUGGGAAGUUUGAGAAGACCAUCUCUGGUCACAAGCUGGGAAUAUCGGACGUAGCCUGGUCAUCAGAUUCCAAUCUCCUUGUUUCUGCCUCCGAUGAUAAAACCUUGAAGAUCUGGGAUGUGAGCUCGGGCAAGUGUCUGAAGACAUUGAAGGGGCACAGUAACUACGUCUUCUGCUGCAACUUCAACCCGCAGUCCAACCUCAUCGUCUCAGGGUCUUUUGAUGAAAGUGUGAGGAUAUGGGACGUGAAAACGGGGAAGUGUCUCAAGACGCUGCCAGCUCACUCGGAUCCAGUCUCAGCUGUCCAUUUUAAUCGAGAUGGAUCCUUGAUAGUUUCAAGUAGCUACGACGGUCUCUGCCGCAUCUGGGACACCGCCUCUGGCCAGUGCCUGAAGACCCUCAUCGAUGAUGAUAACCCCCCGGUGUCCUUUGUGAAGUUCUCUCCGAAUGGCAAAUACAUCCUGGCUGCCACACUGGACAACACGCUGAAGCUCUGGGACUACAGCAAGGGCAAGUGCCUGAAGACAUACACUGGGCACAAGAAUGAGAAGUACUGCAUUUUUGCCAAUUUUUCUGUGACUGGCGGGAAGUGGAUCGUGUCUGGCUCUGAGGACAACUUGGUGUACAUCUGGAACUUGCAGACCAAGGAGAUCGUCCAGAAGCUGCAGGGACACACAGAUGUUGUGAUCUCCACGGCUUGUCACCCGACAGAGAACAUCAUCGCCUCGGCUGCACUAGAAAACGACAAAACCAUUAAGCUGUGGAAGAGUGACUGCUAGGUCCCCGGUGCCACAGGGGCUGUCAGGAUGCUGACCCUGAUGGGCAAGAAACAUGGUGUGGCAGAGGAGCCCAGUUCAGGCCUGAGGUGGCCGAGGGGAAGUGCGUGCCACCAGAAGGUUCUCGAGGUCGCGGUGACACUUCCUGCCGGCUCUGCGCUGUCUGGGAGGAGAUCCCAGUCUGUUGUGCUCAGAGAGAGGCAACAAAAUUUUUAAUUUUUUAUUACAAGAGUGAAGUUCAAUUUAUCAUGGGUUGUGUUUUUCAGUAAUUGUUCUGUACAUUUUUGAUAUUUUACUACCCAGUGCGAGCGCUGUGAUCAGUCCCCGCUGGAGGCUGGGACCCGGACCACCUCCCUGGCCUUUCCCAUCCUCACCUGUCACAGGGUGUCCUCACACCACAGCUCUGCCUGUCCGUCAGUCCCUGCCUGUUGUAGUUCCCAGCGCGUUUCCAAGUCUCCUGGAAAGUGCAGCGUUGUAAGGUUGCCCCCUGUGAAGGUCGUCCCGUGUUAGGAGUCGGGCGGUGGCCUGGCUGCAGUGUUCUGCUUCGUGCCAGGCCCGGCGCUCACACUGCUGCCCACGAGCUGUAAUAAAAGGCGGGAUUUUGUAUACACUUGUCCACAGCGUUCUGAUGUGAAGCUCGUCUCCUGGAGGAGGGCAGGAGUUUAAAAGGGGCUUUCUCCCCAGCCCCUGCCGCUGCCUCCUGUCUGAAGGCCGCCGUCCCUGUGGCGUGCUGUGGUGGGAGGGGAGCUCAGUUGUCAUGGAGCCAAGUUCUGGAGCGGCCUGCUUGGCAGGAGGCGCCUGAGCUUCUGCAGACGGGUUGGUCUCAGGCCCACUCGUGUCGGGGGGAGGGCAGGUGGCCUGAGCACCAGCAGGUCAGCAGCCCCAGAAGGCACAGCCUCCUCCCUUGGUGGCCUCUGCAGCCAGCUCCUCAGGGGUGCUGGGUGUAGCCCCUUCCAGUCCCUGCCCCAGCUGGAGCCUUUGUAGCAAUCUGGCAUUUUGGUGGUCAGGUCUGGUGAGGUGGUGGCUGAGCUCAGAACCUCAGAGCUGUCACAGCUGCUGCCUCGCUGUGCUCUUGGGGAACCUGAUACUGAGCAGGUGGAUGCAGGGGUUCAGACCCAGGUCUGCAGGACUGGGUGGAGGGCACGUCCCCUCACCCGUGUGCCCCAACCACAGCAUGUGGUGCUGGGGAAGCCUGCCAGAUUGGGGUCUGUAGAUGCCUCACCUGGACAGGCCUGGGAGAGAGAGUUAGGGAUUGUCUGGAGGGCCAGUGGAUCAAUCUGCUGUCCCCAGCAGGCCCAUGGGGAUCCUCCAGUGGCAGCUGACAAACAGGGUGAGGUAAAAAUCCUAGAAGGCAUCAGGAAGGAAGCUUCCUGCAGUUUCUGUCUCCUCUGCAAGGACAUGAGCACAGGGUUACCUGUUCACGGAGCCCACUGCUGCAGACGAGGGUGGCUUCCAGCGCCGGCUCUCAGCCCUGAGCCUGCCACUGCUUGGCCGUCACCAGAGGCUCCACCUGGCAUUGUGGCCGUGCUGCUGAGGCACUUACUGAGGGGGAGGAGGGCCUGCCGGCUCCUGGGCAGAGGAGGAGCUUGCUCUGCUGAACGCUGUAUUCCUGAAUAUAGUUUAUUUUUUCUACAGUUGAAUUCUGUUGUAGAUUUAUGUAAAAAUACACCUCUUUUUGAAAAUAAAGAUUUUCAUGUCUUGUAA